CAUAGAUCGUUACAAGCAUGUAAGAGUGCCGACAGAUCUAACAACCACAAAGCAUCUUCGAAACAACGAUGCUGUAGUCAGUUUCGAUGAUCAUUAUGUAUAUCGAUCUGUUUUUUAUGUUUGUUUAUGUUGAUAGAAUCAUAACACUGAAGAUAGGAGAUCCGCAUGUUUGUCCAAAGCCGGUAAAGAUAAGUAAUCCGUCUGAAACCCAAAAGGAACUAGACAUAGAGUGUUGUCCGCACUAUAUUUACCAGAAUAGAAAAUGUGAAGCAUGUCCGCGAGGAAAAUUUGGUCAGGAUUGCUCACUGUCAUGUUUGAGGAAUUACUACGGAGUGCAGUGCAAACAGAUGUGCAGCUGUACAGGUAACACGAAAUGUGAUCCAAUUAAUGGCUGUGUCUGUUAUGAAGGAUAUACGGGAAAACACUGCAUAGAUGUUUGUCAACCUGGAAGAUACGGUGUGAACUGCAAUGAGGAAUGUUUCUGUGCACAAGACGCUAAGUGUGAUCAGGUAACCGGCGUUUGCUUGUGUCCCGCAGGGUGGUUCGGAGUUCACUGUACAAAGGAAUGCCCAUUUGGAAAAUUUGGAAAGGAUUGCAAUGGAACUUGUGACUGUUCAGAUGGCGUAUCAUGCGACAUCAUAACCGGAGAGUGCAUCGAGAAAGAAGAUCCGAAUUCAGAUGGAGACAUUAAUGAAUCAAAAGGUACAAUUAUGAUUUACAUAAUGAUGGCCGCUGCUGUUAUUGGUUUGGUCUGUGUUGUAACGAUGAUCUUGAAAGCUAAAGAAGCACUUUGUCGUAAUGUACAGAAACCAAAAAAGAAUACUACAAAACCAAAGAUAAAACGCCGGAAGGCCCAACAAAGAUCAUCAACCUACAGAGAUAACGCUCAGACUGGUUCGUUUAUAAUAGAAACAGAAGUAUCAGUGUUGCAACUUCCAUUUGAAGAUGAAGACUUAUAUUGUGAAAUAGAAGAUAUCAAUGUUACAGAACCCGGUCGGUAUUAA